UAUAAGCGCAUGCGUACCUAAAUAUUUAGAAUUGUAAUAGCAUUAUAAAGAAACAUGGUAUGUGUAGAGUAAAAGACAAAAGAGGAAAAACAAGCAAAUAUGCUAUCAAUGGAGGAGAUUAACUUUGUUAUUAACUAUACUGAAAGCGAUGACUUAUCCAUCGAUGCCACCCCCGAAAUAGGAGACAAAGACACACUGUUGAUUAUAAUGGACUGUUUAGUAAAUGUAUUUGUUCUACUGCUAAAUAUUUCUCUUGCAGUAUUAAUACUCUGUCACUCAAAGAUACGACAACAAUUAUUCUAUUGGCGGGUUUUAAAUUUAUGUUUGUCUGACCUUGUCGUUGGAGUAUUAGUGCUGCCGUUCGGAAUAAGUUACACGCACAAUUAUGCUUGGCUACAUGGUCAUGUACUUUGUCAAACGUAUGUUAUCCUCGAUGUAACACAUUUUGGUUUUUCUUCUUUAGUCAUUACAACGAUGUGCGCGGACAGAUUCUUGUCUAAACUUUUGGAACUGUAUCCGGAUAAGCUACAGAUUAUAAAAUAUUUGCAACUGUUUCUGUUCAUCAUGCCGUGGCUUUUCACAUUAUGUGUUUUCUUGCCGUUACUUUUAUCUAGCAUAAAGACGAUGGGUGUUGUGUUUCGCCAUACUUGUGGCUUUAUAUUACAUGAUGAUAUGCUAGUUCCGACAGCCGUUGUUGCAUACUUGAUACCAAAUUUACUCUUAAUCUUGACAACUGUUAUCAUGUUGAUUGUUUACAAAGUAAAACGCCCUGUUUGGUAUAGAAUGGACGAAACGGAGACUCCUGGGAGUCACAUCACUCCACAUCUCAGAUCAUCAACCAUUGCUACGUUAAUUGUUAGUUGUAUUACUAUGUUGUUUUGGUUCCCUUAUUUGGUCAAUAUGUUUAUAAUGGUAACCUGUAGAUCACACAGGUGCUUUCCAGGAUUAGAGGUAUUCAAAGCAACAUUGAUACUGUGCACGUUGACAUCAUUAUUUACACCUUGCCUCUGGUUAAGUGACGAGGAGAUUAGAACCGCUGCGAAACAGUCUGUUCGGAGGAUACGGGCGUUUUGUUUGAAACCAUUGGUUGUGCGAGAACAACAGUACAAUGAACAUAUAAACGAAGAAGAUUUAUAAUUGUCCGAUGUAUUUGUGCUCUGACAGUAUAUAUAUCUUCAAUUAAGCUUUAAAAGUCAAUAUGUCUAUACAUAAGAAAGCUGGUUUUUUUUCGACUAUUAACUGAUUAUGUUUCAACUAUUUAAUGUAAGCAAGUGCUUAAAUAAAAUGUGAAUUGUUGCCAAUUAUUCUAUGAUUUAAUAUCAGAAAAAUAAAUCAUUCCGAUUUAUA